AUGUCGUCCAGCAUGCAGUCGCACCACGACAUGGCAGAAUCGAACCCCAAGCUGGUUAACAGGCUUCAGAAUAGCAGAUCUCCCUAUGUGAGGGGCCACAUGAAUAACCCUGUGGCAUGGCAGCUUUGGGAUGCAGAAUCAAUUAAUCUCGCUAAAAAGCACAACCGCCUGAUCUUUCUCAGUAUUGGAUAUUCGGCUUGCCACUGGUGUCAUGUCAUGGAGAAAGAGUCUUUCAUGUCCCCUGAAGUCGCUGCUAUCCUAAACGAGUCUUUUGUUCCCAUUAAAGUCGACCGCGAAGAGCGACCAGAUAUUGAUGAUAUUUACAUGAACUACGUCCAGGCCACCACAGGCUCUGGUGGUUGGCCUUUGAACGUUUUUCUUACCCCCGACCUAGAGCCCGUUUUCGGAGGAACUUACUGGUCCGGCCCAAACUCAACUUCAAUGCAUGGUCCAGAAACUAUUGGAUUUGUUGAGAUUUUAGAAAAGCUCCGGGACGUCUGGGUGACACAGCAGCAGCGGUGUUUAGAGAGCGCAAAGGAUAUUACGAAACAGCUUCGAGAGUUUGCCGAGGAAGGAACUCAUUCAUCACAUACGGAUCGUGAAACAGACGAAGACCUGGAUUUAGAGCUUUUGGAAGAGGCUUAUCAACAUUUCGCGUCCCGAUACGACUCCAUUAAUGGCGGAUUUGGCCGGGCACCCAAAUUCCCCACACCGACCAACCUCGGCUUUCUUCUACGGCUGGCUACAUACCCAAGUCAGGUUGUGGAUAUGGUGGGACAAGAUGAAUGUGAGAAGGCGACCGCCAUGGCCGUCACAACACUGGUGAAUAUGGCUCGCGGAGGAAUUCGAGAUCACAUUGGCCACGGAUUUUCUCGGUACAGUGUUACUGCCAACUGGAGUCUUCCUCAUUUUGAGAAGAUGCUUUACGACCAGGCGCAGCUGCUUGAUGUCUAUGUGGAUGCGUUUAGAUUGACCCAUGACCCUGAAUUGCUCGGUACUGUUUAUGAUCUUGCCACUUACUUGACGACUGCUCCGUUGCAAUCGCCUACGGGUGGCUUCUUUUCCUCGGAGGAUGCCGAUAGCUUUCCGAACCCGAAUGAUACCGAGAAGCGAGAGGGCGCCUUUUACGUUUGGUCCUUGAAGGAACUCACCCAGGUGCUCGGUACCCGGGAUGCUCCAGUCUGCGCUCGUCAUUGGGGUGUACUUCCAGAUGGGAACGUUGCAGCCGAGUACGAUCCGCACGAUGAAUUUAUGAACCAGAAUGUGCUGCAGAUCCGAGCAACCCCGAGCAAGCUGGCCAAAGACUUUGGCCUAAGUGAAGAGGAGGUCGUGAAAAUAAUCAAGAGUGCAAAGCAAAAGCUGCGUGACUACCGCGAGAAAACCCGGGGUCGGCCCGACCUGGAUGAUAAGAUUAUUGUGGGCUGGAAUGGAUUGGCGAUCGGUGCCCUGGCCAAGUGCAGCGUCUUGUUCGAGGAGAUCGACAGCUCAAAGGCAAUUCAAUGCCGAGAUGCCGCCGCUCGGGCGAUUCACUUCAUUAAAGACAACCUUUUCGACAAGGCGACCGGGAAGUUGUGGCGCAUCUACCGCGACGGCAACAGGGGAGAUGCCCCGGGUUUUGCUGAUGAUUAUGCAUACUUGAUUGGUGGUUUGCUGGACAUGUACGAAGCUACCUUUGAUGAUAGCUACUUGCAAUUUGCAGAGCGACUUCAGAAAUACCUGAAUGAUAAUUUCCUUGCGAUGAAUGGCUCGAUGCCGGCCGGCUACUACAACACCCCAUCGGCCAUGAUUCCUGGCAUGCCCGGCCCCCUCCUCCGCCUGAAGACAGGUACUGAAUCUGCUACACCCUCGGUCAACGCAGUGAUUGCGCGGAAUCUUUUGCGACUGGCAGCUUUCCUCGACGAUCCAGAGUACCGGACCCUGGCGCAACAAACAUUGAAUUCGUUUUCAGUCGAGAUCAUGCAGCAUCCCUUCCUGUUUGUCGGGAUGUUAGACGUCAUUGUAGGCCUGCAGACGGGGACUCGUACUUUCACAGGAGUCUUCGCUACCGCCGAAAUCCCGACACCUCCUGGAUUGCGUCAAGACAGCGAGAAUAGCCCGCCCGAGUCAGCGUACGAUCUUGUUAAGAAACGGCUUCGAAAGGAGACUGGUAGUGGUAUAUCUUCCACAGUCACCGUAGCCUCACUGGUGGACAUCCGACCCUCACACCUUAAGGAUUUUGUGGGUAACCAAUCCUUCUGGCUGAAGUCGCGUAACCCGAUGUACAAAGACUUGAAAGCUGCCGACCCAGCGAAGAACUAUCUGCUAGCGUGUGAAGCUGGGUCAUGCAAAAUAGUGGAUCUGUAG